AUGUCUGCCCCAAACUCUACAGUAUGCCGUCUUUUUCUCCAAGGAAACUGCAAGAAUGGGACACGCUGUAGGAUGCAGCACUCUGGUGGAAGUUCUGUAGGCCUUGCUGACAUGUUUUCACGUCGCCUUUUACUCACAGCGGUCCUUAUGGCAGGAGACACCAAGCACAGCUACGCUUUAGCUAGCCCUGAUCGGCAGCAGAAGGAAGAAAGUGGACAGCAAGCGUCAAGUUCUCGUCGUACAAAGAAAGGCGAGCAACCAUGCUAUUCGUGGAAGAGCGGAUCCUGUGCCAAAGGCGAGAAAUGCUGGUAUGCUCAUGAUCCUGAGCAACGUGAAAGGGAAGAACAACGCAAAAGGGAGGAAGAGCAGCGUCGAAGAGAGGAAGAAACAAGGCAACGGCAGGAAGAAGAACGACGUCGGCAAGAGGAAGAGCAACGGAAAAAGGAAGAAGAACAAAGGAAAAGGGAGGAAGAGCAGCGUCGACGAGAGGAAGAAGCAAGGCAACGGCAGGAAGAGGCUCGACGGAAGAAAGAAGAACAACGACGCCGGCAAGAAGAGGAACAGCGGCGCAAAAGGGAAGAAGAACAGCGCAAAAGGGCGGAAGAACAACGUCGAAGAGAGGAGAAAGCAAGACAACAGCAGGAAGAGGCUCAACGGAGGAGAGAAGAACAACGACGUCGGCAAGAAGAGGAACAGCGGCGCAUCGAUCAACAGCGUCGUUCCACUGAUGCUCAGGUUACUAUGCAGCGUGUCGUCCUCGCCAGUUCGAUCGUCACAUUCAGUUCGGGUCUCUCCAUCGAGAACACCAUUACGGGCUUUGAAUCCUGCAAAGUUCGCGUCAAAAAUAUCCCCAGCGACGCCAGCCAGGAAGAAAUUGCAGCCCUGUUUACCCAACAAGGUCUUGAUAUGUCUGAGUUUCACAUCGUAUCUGUGAAGGACACCCCUGGGAGACGCGGGAAGAAGGAAGCAGAUAUCAUUACGAACGCAGAUGUUGCGCAAUCGUUAGCUGCCGGUCUUGAAGGUUUCGAAUUCAGACACGAGAGGCUGGAGUUUGAAGUCGGGAUAUUCAAUGCACCUGGUGCAAUGGGUGCUCUGACACCAAGGGACAAGAAUACGUUGACAAUCUCGUGCCGCGCACCUUCCGUCCGUUACGUUGCCGAAUAUCCUGAUAUAAAUUUCUGUCGCACUAAAGUGAGGGAACUCGACGGUCGUAUAUGUGCCGGACGGCGGGUGCAGGUGGAAAUGAACCAACUCCCCCCAGGUCGUAUUGUGCCCAGCUUCCGACCAAACACUAUCAAGAUCAGUAACCUGCCUGAUGUUGUCCCUCCCUCCAUUGUGAUUGACUUCGCUCAGAGUCAUGAAAUUCGUGCUCUCAAACCUCAUAGCUUCGACGUAGAUUCAGCGAUUCGCUCUCUACGGCUGCAUAUCAAUCAAAUGGAGGGCAUCGAAAUGCAAUCUUUCGAUGUUACCUCUCGAGGUGAUAAUGAAGCUGGGGUGCUUUCAAUUCGUGCCCGCUUCAAUACGUGGGAUAACGCAAAGAAGGUUCAUGAUGCUCUCCUGGACCGACGUUUCAGUUUUAUCUGCAACUCCGUGUUUUGGCUCCGAAUCUCUGCUCAAGCACUUUACAACCUUACCAUCCCAUCCGGACAGUAUCAUGCGCAAGAAAAUCUUUGGAAGGAGCUUCAAAAGAACAUCAAAGAUCGUAAAGCCUGUAACAUCAUUAUUCACGAGCUCAACGGCGGGAACUACCGCAUCCAGGUGUCAGGGACGAUCAAGGCUGCCCUUGGUGCACUCAAAGUCCGUGUCGAAAGUUUAGCUGCUGGUGAAAAGAUCGACCGUUGGCACGACCAUCUAGCUUUUCCUCAAGCCCCAUUAAUGCAGAGGAUCACUGAAGCAGGCGCCUUUUUACGCUCGGAUUCUCGGAAGCGGACGCUCAAGCUGUAUGGAGAGCCGAGGGCGGUGGAAAAGGCCAAGACAAUUGUUAUGGAGGAGUUGGAACGCCUUGCGUCUCUGGAAUUUUCUGUAACAUUGCGACGUCCCUCGGUUGGUUACUUUGUCCGGACUGGUCUUGCAGCGAUGAGGGAGGUUUUUGGUGAAGACAACGUGGCGCUGGAUAUUCGUUCUGCUGCCAUCACAGUAAGAGGAGGCGAGGAGGUCCGGCUCCAUCUUGACAAUCAUGUCACCGAGUCCCUCAAGUCUAUCAAUGUGGACGUCGCACCCGGAUCCCAUACAUGUCCCAUAUGUUACGAUGAUGUUUCGACGCCGUUUCAAUUGGUAUGCGAGCAUGUCUACUGCACAGGUUGUAUUCGCCACUUCCUCACCUCUGCCGCCGAGACCAGAAUUUUUCCACUUGUAUGCAUGGGGGACGAAUCAAAAUGCGGAACACCCAUCUCCAUCCCUGUCAUUCAAAAGUUCCUUCCACAGGCUGCCUUCAACCGCCUUCUAGAAACUGUUUUCACGACGCAUGUUGACAGACAUCCGCAGGAGUUCAGGUACUGCAAGACACCGGAUUGUACACAGAUAUACCGCAGGUCGGAAGCGAUGUCUGUUUUACGAUGCCCAUCUUGCUUCUCAGAGAUAUGUUCUUCGUGUGGCGAAGAUUCGCAUGAAAGAUUGAGCUGUGAAGAUGCUCGUAUUCAUAAUAACCCGGCAGAGCAGGAACGAAUGAGUGAGGCAUGGCUUUUGCAGCAGCGUAGUAUCAAGAAAUGUCCGACGUGCUCACGCCUCCUAGAGAAGACGGAAGGAUGCAAUCAUAUGACAUGCCCAUGCGGAGCUCAUAUUUGUUGGUGUUGCACGAGAGCUUUCAAUGCAGACCAAAUCUACGACCAUAUGACUACUGCGCACGGAGGUAUAUAUGGUGAUGAGCCUGCUCCAGCUCCAGCUCCGCCUCAACCUCAGGCUACUGUACCCCAGCACCAAAACCCAGGGGUGGACCGAGAAAGAGAAAGGUUAAAGCGAGAAGAAGAUGAACGUCACAGAAGGGAGCAGCAUGAAGCUGACCUUGAACAGGCUCGACUUAAUGAGGCGGAAGCUCGUCGUAUUGCGCAAGAGCAAUACGACCGAGAGAGAAGGGAGAGGGAUAGAAUUGCUACUCUUCUUGCAGCAGCGGCUGAGCGAGAAAGAGAAAGGUUAAAGCGAGAAGAAGACGAACAUCACAGAAGGGAGCAGCAUGAAGCUGACCUUGAACAAGCUCGGCUUUCUAAUGAGGCGGAAGCUCGUCGCAUUGCGCAAGAGCAAUACGAUCGAGAGAGAAGGGAGCAGGAUAGAAUUGCUACUCUUCUUGCAGCAGAGGCUGACCGGGAACGAGCAAGGUUAAAGCGAGAAGAAGACGAACGCCACAAAAGGGAGCAGCAAGAAGCUGAUCGCAGGUCUCGAGAACAACAGUGCACGGACCAGAAUGAGGGAACUCGACAAUCUACGCUAGAGCGACAAGCUCCCCAGCAGCUACCUCUCUCGGAAGCCCAAGUAUGGUGUUGCGUGUUAAUGUAA